CGUGACAUUGACAGAUACAUAACCUAGUACUGUAUUAGUCAUUUAUACACAAUACUGCAAUAGUCUAUACGUUGAGUUGUGAACUGUUAAUUAAUACUGAAAUAUGAAUUCAUUAAGUUCUUUGAGGUCUCUUUUUUUAACAACACGUUUGAACCAAUGCAGAAGACUAUCUGUGGUUAACAAACUGAAAGAGGAACUAACAUCUGAACAAGUUUAUCAGAGAGAAAAAAAAUAUGGAGCUCACAACUACAGCCCCCUUCCUGUUGCGCUUACAAAAGGCAGAGGUGUUUACGUUUGGGAUGUUGAAGGCCGAAAAUAUAUAGAUUGUUUGAGCGCAUAUAGUAGCGUUAAUCAAGGACACUGUCAUCCUAAAAUUGUGCAGGCGCUAUUGAGCCAGGCAUCUGAAUUGGCAUUGACAUCGAGAGCAUUCUAUGCUGAUGUUCUUGGAGAAUAUGAAGAAUUUAUCACCAAGUUAUUUGGUUAUGACAAAGUUCUUCCAAUGAACACAGGUGUUGAAGCGGGAGAGACGUCAUGUAAACUUGCUCGACGAUGGGGAUACGACGUGAAAAAAGUUCCUGCAAAUCAGGCUCGUAUUGUUUUUGCUGAAGGAAAUUUUUGGGGCAGGACUCUUGCUGCGAUAUCUUCAUCGAGCGAUCCAACAUGCUAUGAAAGGUUUGGACCAUACAUGCCUGGAUUAUCUCUCGUACCAUAUAAUAAUUUACAAGCACUUGAGAAAGAAUUUCAAGAAAAUCCCACAACAGUUGCGUUUAUGGUUGAGCCAAUUCAAGGUGAAGCUGGAGUAGUCGUACCCGAUGAAGGAUAUUUGAGAGGAGUUCGAGAUUUGUGCGACAAAUAUAAUGUGUUGUGGAUUGCUGAUGAGGUUCAAACUGGCUUGGGAAGAACAGGGAAAAUGCUAGCUGUUGAGCAUGAAAAUGUCAUGCCAGAUAUGUUAUUAUUAGGUAAAGCAUUAUCAGGUGGAGUUUAUCCUGUGUCUGCUGUGCUCGCAAAUGAUGAAGUUAUGCUGACAAUAAAGCCAGGAGAACAUGGUUCAACAUAUGGUGGAAAUCCAGUCGCCAGUCGAGUUGCCAUGGCCGCAUUGAAUGUAUUACUGGAAGAAAAAUUGCCAGAAAAUGCAACUCGUUUGGGAAAUAUGAUGCAGAAUGAAUUGAAAAAACUUCCUCAAGAUAUUGUUACGGUUGUAAGGGGGAAAGGAUUAUUUAUUGCAAUGGUUAUCAAGGACACUGGAGCAUAUAAUGCAUGGGAAGUUUGCCUUCGACUUCGUGACAAUGGUCUUCUUGCAAAACCCACACAUGAUGACAUCAUCAGGUUUGCACCCCCUCUCGUCAUCAACGAUGCACAGGCAGAAGAGUGUCUCGAUAUCAUAGAAAAAACUAUCACCAGUUUUCAUAAGUAAAGAAGAAACGGAUUCCCAUUGAAAAAAAGUUGCCAAAUUUCCAAAAAAUGUUCUUCCUUCACACUAGAUCUCCGAUGCUUGCUUAGUGAAAUGUAGUUACUUGCUGUAAUAUAUUUUGUGUGUCCAUUCAUUUACGGUGAAAGUAAAUGGUUCGUUCUCUACUGGUGUCUGCCACUUGCUUGCAACUCUCAUAUCUGUAUUGUUACCACUUUCAGUGGGGUGUCUGAGACUUUGCAUUGGGUGACUUUAUAAAAUAGGUAGUGGAGGUUUUGUAUUGUACUGUGAUUUAUAAUAGUCAUGUUUCAAUAGUUCUGAUUAUUCCAUUUUUUAUUAUACAGUUUUACAAGUAUACACGGUAUUUAUGUCAGUUUUACCUCGAAAAAUAUAUACAUUCUAAAUACACAACAAACAAUAUAUUUAUAUACACAAAAAUUUGAUCCAUUGUGCUGGGGUUGCAUUUCAAACAAAAAUAUCUAUUUUUGUGAUAGACUCAAAAUAAAGAAUGAGUUAUUGAAAACUAUAAAUAAUUCUAUGUUUCAAAAUCUGUAUUGCAUUUUUCAGAGUUUGCCUUUUUAUUUGUAAAUAAUAAGCAAUAGGCUGUUUUAUAAUAUAUAUUCAAAGUUUAUAGCUUACCAACGUCCAUCAUAAUUUUAGUCCAUCUACUAUUGCCUACUGCACAAACUUUCAUCCACCAUGAACACUGCCUUAUAAAUGUUUUAAUAAUGUUAUAUUUUUGUUUUAAUUAUACACCUACUGAAUUCUGUCAUUCCUGCUUGGUUUUAGUUUACUUGUCUGGUGUAAAUAAAUAAUGCUGUAAAAA